AUGGUGUGGUCCACGCAAACCGGGGAGGUGUUGAUUGACAUCAUAACGAGGCCCGGGCAGACGGAUCACGGGCACGGCGGCGGCGCGCUGGCGUACGGUGGCAAGCCAGCGGGGGCUGUGGUGGCGCCGCCGCAGCCCCGGCCGCCAGCCGCGCCCUAUGCGCCCCAACCCUACGCUCCUGCACAGCUGCGUCUGCACCAACCUGGUUAUGGAUCUGCUGCAUUAUCAUACAGGGACAGUAGUUACGUGCGCGGUGGCGGCGCCGUUGGAGGCGUGGGCGUCGGUGCGGUGGGCGCGGGUACAGCCGGCGAAUACCGCGGUGGCGGCGCCCGCGUCUCACUGCUUGGCGGCGCAUAUCUACCGGCCCCCGCACCCGCCACACACCACCCGCCCCCCGCAGAUCCACCUCCCUUCAAGAAGAUACGGCUUACUGCGGAUAGGACGCCGAUGUCACACCACCAACCGCUUAGGGUUGAUACUAGGGAGCCGGUGAACGCGUACAACACGGUUGAAGUCCUAUCUCCAAACCCGCCUUCAGAACCGACCAUCGAGGACCAGAAUUUCAGAACUACUAAGGAUGAUUUAUUACAACAAAUAUCCAAGGUGGACCGCGAAAUGGCGUUAUCAGAAUCUACUCUCACAAACCUAAAGAAGAAACAAGAAGAACUUGAACAGACAGCGUCCAAGCCAGCCCGAGCUGAGGAACCCGAGGAGGUUACACCAAGGCAUAGAAGCCUUGCGCAGUGCAUCUAUGCUGAAAAUAGAAAAAAGAUCAGCAUGGAUAAUAAGCGGCAAACGGCAACGUCAGCGCACGCAAUGUUAUCACACCUGGGCCCGCCCGUGCUGUACCCAUUGUACAAUCAGCCACAAGACACAGAAAUAUAUCAUGAAAACAUAAGGCGACAUAGGACUUUUAGAAAAAGACUCUCCGAACACAUCCGAAAGUUAAAACUUGUGGCAGAAAAGCGAGAGGAUGCACUAGCAGAAGCGUACAGCAGAAGAGCAGCGGAGUGGUUAAAAAGGGUAGAACGGAUAGAACAGGGACAGAAGAGAAAGGCUAAAGACGCAAGAAAUAGAGAGUUUUUUGAAAAGGUGUUUCCAGAGCUGCGAAAACAGCGCGAAGAGCGAGAGCGAUUUAACCGACUGGGCGCGCGAGUCAAGUCUGAGGCGGAGCUGGAGGAGAUUGCCGACGGGCUGCACGAGCAGGAGCACGAGGACAAAAAGAUGCGCUCGCUCACCGUCGUGCCGCCGCUAUUGCGGGACCCCAACGACACCACGCCCGUAUACGUCGAUACCAACAGACGCUGUAUGGACAUGGAGGCAGAACACAAGGAGUUACAACUACGCAAUGUGUGGUCGCAGGCGGAACGGGAACUCUUUCGCGAGAAAUACCUACAACAUCCCAAAAACUUCGGACAGAUCGCUUCAUUUCUACCUCGGAAAAGUGUUCGGGACUGUGUUAGAUUUUAUUACUUAUCGAAAAAGGCCGAGAACUACAAGCAACUCCUCCGCAAACCUCGGCAGCGACGGUCAGCGAGAAAUCCUCCGCGUACUCAGCAGGAGCCUGAACUGCCCGCGGGGGUCACUACGAGGUUGCAGCGGUCACAGGGUACCUCUGUACGAUCGGAGAACAAGGAACCGAACAUGGAGGAUGGUGGUCUCAACAUGCCUCCAGGGGCUGACGGGGUUGCGGUACCAUGUAUACCUAUACCAUCUGCAGGGCCUGCUCAUCCACAAACAUCGGAGCUAAUACGAACGCCUCCUCUUCCACCAUCGCCACCACCGGCGUCAUCAGCACCGCCAGCGCCCGUAGCGGUAGCGGGGACACCGAUGAGUGUUGCAAGUCCUACAGACACGCCAACACCUCCUACUUCAGAAGUUCCCCUACCACCAGUGACCUCGCAGGAGGUUACACUCGUCACCAUCACCCCUGUUAUGACAUCGUCACCAGCGCCAGCACAAACAUCGGCACAGACGACGUCAACCUGCCUAACAACAACAGCUCCUACGAUAGUGGUCGUAGCUGGCUCGCCGGCGUCAACACUAACGGUCCCCGCGAUUUCCAACAUCUCAAAUGUGUCAAGUUUGUCCAUCGUGUCUACGGGAGGAAGUGCGUCGCCUACACCGCAACCAGCUCAGCCGCCCACGCCAACGCAGCCACCGCCUACACCCGAGACCGCCGUAACAGAACGCAUCGGAACACCAUCCUUGAGUACAACGAUCACUACGACCACGGUAACGGUAACUACAUCGUCGAACUGUGCCGUCUGUAGCAUAGCUGGCGCGACGAGAACUGUUUCGAGGUCAAGAGCUAUUCAUUACGGUCUCAAAGAAGACGCUGUAGGGGCAAGGGUAUGUGAGCCGUGCCACUGUAGAUGUGUGAGAUCUCGGUACACCAGGUGUCCGGUCCCCACGUGUCCGGGGCCAAGGGUUCGAGCGAAACGGUUAAGACACUUACCGCCUAGAUGGCAUGACUUAUCGCUGGAACUGAAGAGGCCUCUGAUGGACGAGUUUGAAAUCCCUAGCGAUCUAAGCAAGUGUUGUCUAGCUUGUUUUAAAAGAAUAACACGGAGGUUAGAGACAGUGGUGGAAGGUGGCUCAUCACCGGAACCUACGGAGGAGGAAGCCGCGAGGUUUAGGUCCUUGCUGAGAGAUCACGGGACUGCGUGGGAUAGAAUUGCGACUGUUAGUGGGCGAACACCCGCUAGCUUGAAGGCGUUUUAUUUCACCUACAGAAAAAAGCUGCAACUAGAUACUUUGGUUGGUGAUCGGCCAGCGUCCGUUCCUCGACUAAGUUCUAGCGAAGAUAGUGCGUUAAGUUCGGCUGACACUGACACGGCUAGUGGAGGCUCUCCGGCUACUCCCAAUGCUGCCGCGACGGCUCCUGCACCUGCCCCUAGAACGGAUGCUGUAGCACCUAGAAGACCUAGGAGAGAAGAGUAUGACUCAUCAGCCACAGAAACGGCCGAUGAAGAGAAUGAUGCACCUAGCGCUAAGAUCAUACCUCCAACAUCAGUGCCAACCAUAGUGUGCAGUGGGUCGUCGUGCAGCCCCGUGGUGUGCGUGUCUGCGGUGGCGAGUGCUGUGGGAGCGGGCGGCGCGGGCAGUGCAGGCCCGCCGCCCAGCGCCACGCCGCCCAGCUCCCGCCCCGUCAACGCCCCACAGACAGUUCGAGAUGUGGUGCUCAACCUCAUCGAGAUCAGUCUCACUAGGGACUCGCAGCCGCAGCAUUCCAAUAUGAAGCCGCAUCAAUUAAAGUUGCCGUCGUCUUGCGCCAGCGGACGAGAGAGCCUAGCGACACUAAGCGUGGUGAACAGCUCGCACGUGGGCGGGCCGGCCGGCGCCGCCAGCCCGCAGCGCGCGGCCACCAUCACGCCGCUGGCGCACGCCGCGCCCACGCCGCCCGCACAGAACUGCGACGGCAAGGACGUCAUGGUGCUGCAGAUAGAGCCCAGGCCCGACCGCCCGGAGAGAACCGACAGACCCGACACGAGACACGAGCCGCUCCUAGAUCUUAGCGUGAAGAGGCCGCGGCACGAUCAGCCGUUCCCGCAUCCUAAUAAAUCGGUGUACAGAAACUCGACCGACUAUCAAUCGUAUCGACCGCAGCCCGAAAGGGAAUCACCCAACCAGUAUAAUUCCAAACCCAAGCCUGUGACGCAACCGUCGCGUCCUCCCUUAAAACAGGCCCAAAAUAAGGGUUCCAUAACUUUAGGGACUCCAGUCGAAACGAGAUUUGAAACCUUAAGAAAUCCUCCCGAGCAGAAGACGGGAUCGAUAACGGCGGGCACCCCUGUGCACGGGACUCAUCAUCUUGCGGAUAAGAGAGCGAUGGAUUUCUAUAACAAGAGAAGAAGUCCUGGAGGAGCGUAUUACUCGACCAACCAGCCUCGGCCGCAGUCGCCGUCUUUUUCACCUACCGGGAGCUCAGGGUACACGCGCAACCCGUACGGCGGGUUGGAGCAGCGCCAAAUCAUCAUGGCGGACUUCAUCACGUCGCAACAGAUGGGCCACGGCGGCGCGCGUCGCGAGCGCGAGCGCGCCGCCUCGCCGCAGUUCCGCCGCGACAACGUGUCCGUCAUACAGCGCCACACGCCGCAGCUCUACCCGCACCCGCCUCCAGGUCAUGAAGCCUUCACUUCAUUAGUAGACGUGGCGUCGGCGGCGACCGCUCUCCCGGUGCCGAGGGGCUCCGCUCCCGACCAGAAGCCCGAGCCCAAGCCUCAGCAACAACAGCACCAUGGGCAACCUCACGACAUCAGAAUAGCGAUGGCGCAAAAGCUGCCACAGUUCCAACAACUACAACAGUUUCCGAUGAUGGAUAGAAGAGUACAAUCUCAACAACAGUACAUGGAGAGAGAUAGACAAAUACACAUACAAAGGAGAGAAUCCGCUAUACAAGCUAUGCAGGACCGCCACGCCAUGGAACAGCAUCAGUCACAACAACCGCCGCAACACCAGCCCCCCAUCAUACAUGACCGACAUCAUAUGCACCCAUGUAGCGUAUCGUCUCAGGAUGGUGACCGACGCAUGAUGCAAUCUGUUACUUACACAACGCCUACGAAGCCCCGGGCACAGACACCACACGCGAGGGAUCAAUACAUAGAUAAAACUAGUCGAGUGGUGGUGUCGUCGGUGCCGGUGACGGGCGCGGCGGCGGGCGCGGCGAGCGUGGCGGCGGCGGGCGCGGGCGCGGUCGCGGCGGCAGCGGGCGACGGCCGCGCGCGCCCUGCCGAAGGAACACUAACUGCAGCUUCUCUCAUUGACGCUAUCAUCACACAUCAGAUCAGCCAAAGUUCCGAUCAACGAUACCCGGAGCGGGGCGAGCAGGCGGGUGCAGCGGGCGGCAUGAGUGGCGCGGGUGGCAUGAGCGGCGCGGGGGCGGUGGUGACGGCGGGGCGCGGGCCCACGCCUCAGGAGCGCGAGGACCACGCCGCACUCACCAGCAUCAAAUUGGGCGAUCUCGCCUCCAACAUCAUCACCAGGGACUUCUGUAGUCCCACUACCUCCAUGCUGCACCAUAAUAACAGGUUCACGGUACCGAGCUCGGAGGGUUACGCGAGCGGCAACAGCAGCACAACGAACGAGGAGUGGAAGAGACGAGACGCGCCCAAGCAUGCGCCUUACCUUGAGCCCGUGUCGCCGCCCGACAACCACCCGGCCAACCGAAACAAUACCAACCGGCGUUAUAGUUGCGUGGGCGGCGGUGGAGUUCCUUCGAGUACCGGCGGGGUCGUGGGCGGUGCGGGCGGCGGAGUGCUGACGGCCUUCGAUUACGUCACCAACCGCAUCGUGGAGGUCAUGCGCAGUGACGCAGACGAGCGCACCAAGCCCAUCGCCUUCCCCACCACGCAGUACGCUUACCCGUAUUCCGCGCUCAACGUCGCCACCAACAGCACGGACGGCGGCAGUACGGGGUCGCACGGGCCGGCCGGGCCCGCGCCGCCGCCGCCGCCCGAGCCGGCGCCGCUGAUGUCGGCGCAGUACGAGCCGCUGUCGGACGAGGACUGA